AUGAAGAAUCAGCUGGAAGAAGCCAUCAACUUUUCCUCUUCUACCUGUGUUUUCUCUGAAGCAGAUGAAGCCAGUGCCACUAGAGCCGUGCUGGAUUUGAAGCUGGAAAAUCCAGAUUGGGACAUUCAUGUGGUGGCGUCACUCCUUACCAGGAAUCACUGCGACAAUCAAGACUUGUGCCGACAAGUCAAUCCCGGGGACAAGUACCUCAUGAUGCUCAUGGCGGGAGUCAAGGGGUGGUUUCUGGAGGCAGAGCCGGACUAUGAAGCAUUGGGAAUCGAUCGCACAGCCAGCAAUAUUCAAUCCACAGAACUCUUUCCAGACAAUGCUCAUGGGGGAAAUCAGGUGGCAAGAGAAUUCUGCCGCAUUGGAGCAUCCAUUGCACCUGCCAACAUUGCCGUUUUAUAUGGACCAGAGGAAGCUGCACACUCCACCAUACGAAUCCAAAGUUUUACGGAUGGAUUGCAAGAGUAUUGUGCUCACGAUAACCACACCAUUAAGUACUCAUACCAUGCCGGAUGGAGUGCUCAAACCGCUGCCAAAAUCAUGUCACCCAUUUUCUUUAGAGAUGCUUCCAUCGAUGCUGUCAUUGCAGCUAAUGAUGACAUGGCGCUUGGUGCACUCGUAGCAGCCAGAGAAAUGCAACCAGAUAGGAGAUUGCUCGUUGCGGGAUACGAUGCCAACCCCUACACGUGGCCACUCCUACAAACGGGGGCCAUGUUUGCCACGGUCGAUCAAAUACCUCCCACUGGACUCAUACACACACUCACAAAUCUACUCAGUGACAAGGCCAAUGGAGCCGCAGACUUUGGAGCACCCACAAACUGCUCACUCUCGCCCGACGCCACAUGCACUCUAGACGAUUACAACAUGAUCCAGGCUGCCGUAUGGCAAGACCUCACCACUCAACUCAGCAGCACGGUAUCCACACCUGUCAACCUAGAAGUCAAGGAUCAAUCGUCACUCUUGCUCCGAGAAAGACUCCAACUUUACAACAGAGCGGUACGACCACCCAAUCCUGCGGGAACACCCACGCCCGUACGAGCCAGAAUGGUAGAAACAAACGUACUCGAACUAUACACGGGCGCCAGUUCCAUCCUCGCACAAGGCGUACUCGUCAUGACAUGGGUCGAUACCAGACUCGCAUGGAGUCAAACCGUCUACCCAAAUAUCGAAUACAUCCACCUAAGUAUCGACAAAAUAUGGAGUCCCGUCGUUACACUCAGCAAUCUACUCAAAUCGGGCGUCACCGUACCCAUGACCGAUAUACAAACCACACUCUAUCCCGACGGAACCGUAUUGUGGAAACAAACGGUCAAUACAGGAGAAUUUCAUUGCAGUACUAUCGAGGAUGAAAUUUUGAAAUUCCCCUUUGAUCCGCAGAAUUGUGGUAUCGAUUUGACAUCCUAUUCGGUGACAGAGGUCACGCUUGUGGCCAACGAGGACGACUUGGAAAUCGUGGUGUCGAACAACGAUUGGUUUCAGGGACCUUCCGACGUUUCCGUUGUCAAAGGAGAUGGAUACGAGACAAUCAAAUAUCGGGUUGACAUGGAUCGGGAUCCAUUGUUCACAGUCCUCAGCAUCAUUGUCCCAUCCUUUCUACUCAACACGAUCUCUUUUGCCCAGCAUUGGAUUCCAACUCGAACGGGCUCCAUCAAUCUCGAUAGGGGAGGCAUGGCUAUUACGACAAUCUUGGCCGCUCUGGCCCUUCGGGAUACCAUGGUGGCAGAAGUUGGCAAUGCGUUCACCCUCCUGGAUUUAUUCUUGCUCGUAUCUUUGGUCUUUCAAUUUAUGGGAUUCUUAAUCACAACCUACGAGUCCAGUUAUGGCCGAAUCAAAACAGCAAAGAACGACAACGAGUUGGGGUGGGGCGAUAGACUUGGGAAAGUGGUCACUCCAAUUGUAUUUGGCCUGUUCUGCUUUUCCCUGUCCAUCUACUGGGGAGACGGGCUGUGGAUUCUCUCAUACCUGGGCGCGAUACUCGUUGUGCUUUCGGGUUACCUUGGACGAAGAGAUCGAGAGCUUUUCAAACAAAAAAUGGCACAGAGAUAUGAGAAAUCGAAACUCAGCCGUCAGUCUCGACGGAAGGCUCUGCUACUGGCACGAAGUUAUUACAGCAGCGACGAGGAUGAACACAGCAGCUCCACAGAUGGUGGUGUUUAUCUAAAAAAUCUAGAAGAAUUCAACAGGCGCUUCGCGAAAGGAGAGCGUUUGCAAACUGAGGACGAAAGUACUGUGGCCCCGGACCCUCAAGAUUCAUAUUCCAGGAGAGCCACCCUCUUUCGUAAUGAAAUGUCCACGAGAGAGAACUCUGACAGAGCCCGGUUGCGACCAACCCUACGCAAGUAUCAAUCCACCUACUUUGGAGAUUCCAACACCGGCUCCGAAUUCGAAGUACCCGUGGAGCCGCUGAAAAGAACAGUUACGGGUCCGAUGCGAACAAGCUCUUUCCGUUCUGAUGAUACCAAUGAAGACUCUUUCAGGAGCAGAAUGCCCCCGCGUCCACGUUUCCGAAAGUAUCAAUCUACCUUCUUUGGAAACUCUGGUGAUCUUGGAAUGGACACAGACCAGUCAGUUAGGAGAGCCUUGACUGACCCAAUGGCAAACCCAAUGGACAUAUCAACAACAAGCGAUGUAGAAGUGGCCGUGGCCCCGCUGAAGCGAUCAAUUACCAACCCUCUGAAGAGUGCCCUAAAAAGGUCGUCCACGUCCACUCUGACCACGCGCUUCUCCAUGACGGACAGCAGUUACAAAAGUGAAGUGUCCAAUGGGGUGGGUCGAGCCUCAAACCUCAUGGGCGGAAGCGACCACAAUGACGGAAGGAGAAGGGUAGUGGAUGGAGGUGAUUCGGGAGUAGAACGAAGCCCUUUCCUGGCCCGCGCCUCAAAGGGGAGCCGUUACUCCAGGAGCAGGCUGAUAAGUGAGCAAAACGACUCAAGGAGUAAACUGGCGAGUGAGGCAAAUAGCGACAAUGGGCAACGAAAGCCGAGCCGCUUCUCGAGAGGAAAGCAACUUGGUGAAAAGAACGUUGAUGUGGAACGACGCCCUUUCCUAGGUCGUGUUUCGAGAAGAAAGCUUGACGACAGUGAGACGUCCAACACCGAACAACGAAUCCCAGAGUUGGAAAUUAGACCCCAAGAAGAUGAACACGAAGCUGCCUUGAUAAUCCAAAGAGCGUUUCGAGCAUAUCGAGAACACCCAAGCCGCAGGGCAUCUAAAACGCUCACACUCAGUCUGAUUUCUGGGAUAUAUGAUGCAUCUCUCUCCUUGAACUGA